AUGCUGUGGCCACGAGAGCAGUUCCGCGUCGCGUACAAGCAGGUCGUCUCGGACGCGCUCGACUCGAACGCGGCCAGCGUCCUCCUCCUCGUCGCCCUCGAUGCAGACUCGAUCGCCGCUUCCGCCAUCCUCACCUCGGUGCUGCAGGCCGACAUGAUCGCCUACUCGCUCGUGCCCGUGGCCGGCAACGCGCAGCUCGCGGCCAUGGCCUUUGCCGCCGACAUCCGGUCGGUCUUCCUCAUCAACUGCGGCGCCAUGAUCGAC